AUGUAUCAACCAAAUAAUAAUAAUAAUAAUAACAACCAAAGACCUUCAUCAUCAUUAAAGAGUAGUACGAGUAGUAGUAGCAACACCAGCGGUAUGGCCUCAUCCAAUAAUAAUAUUAUUAACAACAACAACAAUAGCAAUCAUCAUCACUUACCAAUCAUCAUGAUGGGUCAUACCAAUCCAAAUUCCAUUCAAUCACAACCACAGCAACAACAACCACUUCUCCAAGCAACUCCGAGUGCUCAUUCUCUCCUCGAUACAACAACUACUUCUCCAUUAUUUGGCUUUUAUCAACAACAAUCAUCUCUUCCUACAACCUCACAGCUUCAACCAUCUCAAUCAUCACAUCAACAAGAUCAAUUAUUUGCUUCCUUUCUUCUCAAUCAUUACCUCUUGUUGCAACAACAACGAGAAAUGCAUCAACAACAGCAGUCACAACAAAACGAACUCUCUCCAAAUCAACUUCAACAGCAAGCCAUGAUUAAUAACAUGAUGUUAAUGAUGUCCAUGAUGAAUCCGAUUCCUAACGUUAUUUCGCCUUCUCCAAAUUUACCCAUAUUGGAUUCACAACACUAUUCACAACCGCCCAUCCUUCAAUCAGUGUCAUCCUCUAGUAACACAUUUGUCACUAAUAAUAAUAAUAAUACUCUGUCUUCUCUUCAAAAUGGAACCUCUUCCGAUGUACCUACAACAGCCAUCUCCAUUCCUGAACCACUUUAUGAAUUGUAUAUAAAACCGAUUUUAAUGAGUUUGCAGAAUUGUGGGUUGUAUUCAGGCUCGAAUCAACCACAACAACAGCAACAAAAAUUGCAAGAAACUCAGCAACAUGAAAAUCAACUCACUUCAAGCAGUGAUCAUAUCAGCAAUAGCGGACUCCUAUUGUCACCAGUGAACAUGACCAGUAGUGACAAUCAACAACAAAAUGAACUGACAAUUACAUCACCAAUUUCAUUCUCCGUUGAUGAUUCGAAUUUAAGAGCAGAUCAUAACAAUAAUCAAUCGAUGAGCGAAAUGAAUAAUGUAAUUUCACAACAAGCAUUACUCGAAAGCUUACUUUUGGAAGAAGGCUUGGCCUCAGUUGUGGAAUUGUUGGAAGAUCAAUCAAAUAUUAACAAUAAUACUAACUGUAAUAUUUCAAAUUGUGACAAAGAUGAAGAAAAGAAACAAGAAGCUCACAAACAUUACGAUCCAAAGUUAAAUAAGAAAGGUCUCAAGAAGAAGCGUAAAUAUAUCAAAUCAGGUCUAUACAAAAAGACAAGGAUGGAAAUUUUUAUUUUCGAGUGGUGA